AUGGUGGAGGUUCAAUUCGAUUUAAAGGUCAGGAAAAUAAGAACAGACAAUGGUGGGGAGUUUGUGAAUAAAGAAGUGAAUGAUGUUUUAAAGGAAAAUGGGAUACUACAUCAGAGGACCUGCCCGUACACCCCCCAACAGAACGGGGUAGUUGAAAGAAAACAUAGAUCAAUCCUCGAGGUGGCUAGGUCCUUAGUUUUUCAGUCCAAAUUACAAGAAAAUCUCUGGCCUUAUUCUUUGCUUGCUGCAGUCCAAAUUAUUAACACUUUUCCAAGUGAAAAACUCGGUUGGAAGAGUCCUUUCGAAUUGCUUCAUGGACGAACUCCCGCUUACAACUUAUUCAGAACAUUUGGCUGUUUGUGUUAUGCCAACAAAAACACUCCAUACAGAAAGAAAUUUGAUGCCAGAGCUGUUGCUUGUGUGUUUCUGGGAUUUGUUACUGGAGUCAAAGGAUACAGGGUUUAUGAUCUUGAGGGAAGACAUGUUUUUGUCUCUAGAGAUGUCAUUUUUUAUGAGGAUCAAUUUCCUUUCUCAGAGGAAUUUCAGAAAACAGAAAAUGUUGUACACAAUAUUCCACUUCCAGUUGUGACUGAAGACUUAUCAUCUGAGGAAGAGGAUAGUGUUGAUUCCAGUGAUGUUGAUCCCAUUGCUCAGCAUACAGAGAACUCUCAUGUUCAACUUCCUGAAGUAGUUGAGGAUAUAAGAAAAGGGACCAGAGAAAGGAGAGCACCAGGUUGGAUGGCAGACUAUGUUGUCAAUCAUUUGACAGAAGAAGUUCAGAAACAUGAGGAACUUUCACUGUUCUUCACAAAGAUUGAUAAGGGAAUUUCAGAACCUAUGUUCUAUGAACAGGCAGCUAAGGAUACAAGAUGGGUUGCAGCCAUGCACAAGGAGUUACAAGCACUGGAGGCCAAUGAAACCUGCGACCACGCUCCUGGGCCUUGUGCUCAUCCGAUGCUCAUAAUUACGGUCGUAUGCCCUACUUUUGGCGUCGUGCGAGUGACCGGUGUUAGCAUAAUGGGAGCACAUUAUACCUCAUUUGGGUGGGCUCUCGUUCACAUACGGAACUCCAAAACCUCGUUUUCCACCGGCGGCGGCGGAUUCUUAAAAUUGCAGGAGGAGAGUUGGUGGUAG